AUGGAGGCCUCUAUUCCCCUGCAGGUUAAGAAGCUCACGCCGCAGGGCAGACUGCCCACGCGCGGCAGUGCCUUCGCCGCCGGCUACGACCUGUACGCCGCGAGGGACACCGUUGUGCCCGCGAGGGGAAAGGUGCUCGUCGAUACGGACAUUAGCAUUGCCACGCCCGCGGGAACAUAUGGCCGUAUUGCUCCCCGCUCUGGCCUCGCGUCCAAGCACUUCAUCGACACUGGUGCGGGCGUCAUCGACGCUGACUACCGCGGACCCCUCAAGGUUCUUCUGUUCAACCACGCGGACGCCGACUACGAGAUCAAGGAGGGCGACCGAAUCGCCCAGCUUGUGCUGGAGAGGAUUGUGACCCCCGACGUCGUCGAGGUGGAGGAGCUGGAGGAGAGCGUGAGAGGAGCCGGUGGAUUUGGAAGCACGGGCAAGAACUAA